AUGGCUGGCGGUGGAAUGCCUACCGACACGCCCAUCGUGGCAGGUGGCUAUCUGACCGGAAAGAAGCUCAUCUAUCCCCUAUCCCUGGUCAUCUCCCUCUUCUUCCUCUGGGGCUUCUCUUACGGUCUCCUGGAUGUGUUGAACAAGCACUUUCAGACCGUGCUCGGCAUCACCAAGCUCGAAUCUACCGGUCUCCAGGUCAUGUACUUCGGUGGUGGUUAUCUCUGCUUCUCACCAGUCGCCGCUGAAGUCAUGAAGCGCAAGGGCUACAAGUUCACGAUCCUCAUGGGAUUGACGUUCUACUCGCUUGGAGCUAUCUUCUUCUGGCCAACCGCUCACUUCUCGAACCCAUCGAAUCAGAAGGCUGCCUUUGGUGGGUUCCUCGCCUGCACUCUGGUUAUUGCCUGUGGUCUUGCUACCCUUGAAACGGCCGCCAACUCUUAUGCUGUCGUUAUUGGGCACCCGGCUACCGCCUCUGCUCGCUUGCAAUUUUGCCAAUCCUGGAAUGGCGUGGCCUCUUUCGUUGGACCGCUCAUCGCUUCCAAGGCUUUCUUCACCGGCGAAAACGCAAACAACCUCACCAAUGUCCAGUACGUGUACCUGGCCGUUGCUUGUGCAGGAGCAGCUGUUGCAGUUCUCUUUGCCUUCUCCAAGCUCCCAGAAGUUGAGGAGUCGGCCCUUCGCUCUGCCUCGGUCAUGGCCACUGAUUCCGAGACCGGUGUCGAGCACUAUGGCCAACCCAUCAAGGACAAGCCGCUUUACAAGGAAUACAACAUGAUCUUCGGAUUCAUUGCCCAAUUCUGCUACGUCGGCGCUCAGGUCACAAUCGCGUCCUUCUUCAUCAACUAUGCAACGGACAAUGCGACUUUCACCGCCGCCCAGGCCUCCAACAUGCUCUCCUACGCCCUGAUCACCUUCACCGUGGGUCGUUUCAUCGCCUGUGGCCUGGCCACGAUCUUUGAAUCCAACUUCAUCAUGGUUCUCUACUGCUGUGCUGCCAUUGCUCUCAACGCGGUGGUUUGCGCUGCUCAUGGCACCGCUGCCGUUGCUGUCCUCAUCGUGAUCUUCUUGUAAGUCCAAAGCAGACAGACGGUCAAUCCCCUUGGAGCCCCUGCGCUGACAAUGCCUUAGCUUCGAAGCGCCAAUGUACCCAACCAUCUUCACCCUCGGAACCGCCAACCUGGGCAAGAACACCCGCCGUGGCGCCGGCAUCUUGGUCAUGGGCGUCUCUGGAGGUAAGCCCCAAACCCCCCCAAAAAAAACAACCCCUUCUCUUCAGACGCUGACUUUCCCACCACCCAGGCGCCGUCUUCCCCCCCAUCCAAGGCGCCAUCGCCGACGCAGCCGGCACCCGCAUCUCCUACAUCGUGCCCCUCGUCGGCUUCGUCAUCGUCCUCGCCUACGUCCUCACGCACUGGCUCCGCCACGGCGCGCACAUCCUACGCCUGCGCGGCGAGCGCGUCGUCGCGACCGCCCUCGAAGGCGGCGCCCUCGGCGGCGUCGUGCAGACCGUGCACUACGACGAAAAGCGGCUCUCCGUGGACGCGGACGCCGUGCGGCGCUCGAGCCUCGCGGGCGCGCGCGUCAAUUCCGUCACGGGGGGGUUCAAUCUCCAUGGCGAUUUUUUCCCUGGGGAGCACGUAAGGACUUCGAGUCUGGGUGGCGCUGCGGUGGUGGAGGAGAGGUUGGAGUGUAGUUAUAAGUUGAAGAUGUAA